AUGCAGGGCGCCACCGCUCAACGCGUGCCGAAGCGCCUCCUCGAUGAUGUGUGGCGCGCGCGCGCCACGGACGACGACUGCGCAAUCUGCCUGGAGGCCCCGGCGCAGCCGCUGAUUUUGCUCUGCGGGCACAUGUUUUGCCUCGACUGCUUCCAGACCUACGCCACGCACACGCGCGAGUACGACGACGAGUGCACGCGCUGCCCGACCUGUCGGAGCCCGCACGCGCCCCCGCCUGUCGGCCAGGUCGAGGCGGAGCAGGUCGAGCACGGCGAUGCGCUCUUGGCGCGCGCCAUGCGCAUGGAUCGGAGCCGCCCCAACUUCUUGCCGCUCCUCGAGGGGGCGACCCGCUUCUACGUCGCGGCGCUGGACUUGCACCCCUACUGCUCGAGGGCGCACGCCAUGAUCGGGUGGUGCCGGCAGCUCGCAGGAGAGGACUCGCUUGACGCGUUCGAGGACUCGGCGCGCGCUUGCCAUGGCGCUCUGCCCGCGUUUGCCAUCGUGACCCUGUGGAACCAGACGAUCCUCGACUGGCUCGGAGAGAGCGAGAGCGCCCAGCGCAUCGAGCUUGUGCGAGCCGGCGCGCGGGCUUGCAGCUGGCCGCAGGCUGUCCAGCGGGAGGCGGCAGGGACGGAGCUCUCUGUCGCGGAGAACGCCUACCGCAAGGCCUGCAGCGCCUUUGAAGACCUCACCUUGCCUCGGGUGCACGAGCUGCACUACCACCGCAUGGUCGAGCUGUUUAGCCUCGUCCCGAUCGGUCUGCCGCCGAUCGCAAACAUCGUGCACAAGCACAUCACCGACGCCGGCCUCGCGCUGGUCAAGAAGCAGUCAGCCAACGCCGAGGGCGACCUGAUGGCGUACGUGCAGGAGCUGCUCGAUCUCGACGGCGUGUACAGCGAGAUCAUCGGCUCGACGCCAGGCGAGGGCUACUUUAACGGCGACGCGACGUUUCUCAAGGCGGCGAGGGAGGCUUUCGAGGAGUUUGUCAACAAGGACAUCGGCAAGAGCGCCACCGCCGAGCUGCUCUCCAACUUUUGCGACAACCUGCUCAAAAAGUCGGGCGAGCGGCUCUCGGACGAGGCGCUCGAGGACAAGCUCGAGAAGGUGGUGCGGCUCUUUGGCUAUCUGUUCGACAAGAACAUCUUCUCCCAGUUCUACAGGAACCAGCUCGCGAAGCGGCUGCUCCUGGCGCCCUCAGAGGUCGAUAGCGCAGAGCGCUCGAUGAUCGCCAAGCUCAAGCUGCGCGGCGGCUCGCAGUUCACUCACGACAUGGAGGGCAUGAUGACCGACAUGAGGUUGUCGCAGGACAUCCAGUCCGCCUUCGCCGAGCACGUCAAGGACAAGGAGCUCGGCACCGACCUGAGCGUGCAGGUGCUCACCACCAAAUUCUGGCCACAGUACAAGUCGGACGAGCUCAAGCUGCCAAAGGAGAUGCUGCAGUGCGUCGAGGCCUUCAAGGCCUUUUACGACUCGCACACCAAGCACCGCCGGCUGCGGUGGGUGCACUCGCUGGGCUCGGCGACCGUGGUGGGCAAGUUCACGGCCUCGGGGAAGAGCAAGGAGCACGACCUGCUCGUCUCCACCUACCAGGCCUGCAUCCUGCUGCUCUUCAACGAGGCGGACUCGAUGGCCUUCUCCGACAUUCAGGGCCGCCUCAACCUGCCCGCCGAGGAGCUCAAGCGCUGCGUGCUCUCGCUCUGCGGCGGCAAGUACAAGAUCCUGACCAAGGAUCCGGCCGGCAGGGAGGUCGCGCCGACCGACACGCUGAGCUACAACGCCACCUUCUCCGACCGCGCGCGGCGGAUCAAGGUGCCGAUGAUCGCCGCCAAGAUGACGCAGGAGGAGAAGGACGCGGCGCUGAAGCAGGCGGAGCUGGAGCGCAAGCAUGUCGUUGAGUGGGGAAUCAUCAAGGUGAUGAUGCGCGAGAAGCGGGUGGAGCACGAGGAUCUGGCUGAGAAGGCGCAGGCCGUGAUCAGAACGAGGCCGAGCUGGACCACGAGCUGGACCAACUUCACCCUGGCGAGGGAUUACUUCGACGCGAUGGUCGUGGACCUCAUCCGCCGGGAGCACCUGGAGCCCGAGGCUCCCGAGCAUCCUCCCGGGAGUGGCAGCUUCUACAAGACGUCGAGCGACACCGGUGGCAGUGCCACCCAGGAGUGGUCGGGCGGUCUCCCGUCAUGA